AAGAAGCGGCUUUUCAAACGGCUUAUUGGUUUCUGCAGUAGGAUGGCAGACGGUUUUGAUGUUCAUGCUAAGAAUGCCAGGAAAUUUAUAGAAGAUGAGGCUAAUGAGACUAUUGAAAGAAUGCUGAGAUGUCGGGAUUCAUAUAGAAGGCAGUUAAUUGAGUGUAAACAAUACAUAGAAGAACAAGUAUCAUUUUUCUUCGAGGGGCUUGAAGCGACAUUUCUUCAACUUGAAAAUGAGGUUGAUGAACUUGUUAAAAAGAAGAUAACAAGUCUCGUGGAAACUCUUGAAAAUAUCGAUACACUUUUAACUGAAAUUAAUACAUGCAAAAGUACUGUUUCAAAGCUAAAUAGCAUGCUGACUGGAAAAGAAAAUUACAAUUGAAAUGGAUUAUAAAGUUUGAAAGUUCAAAUAUAGACUACUGUGUUCCAUAUAAUCUUUUCUCCAAGCUUACAACAAUUCUAAAGCAAUUCUAACGUUUGCCUUUUUAUGAUGAAUGAAUAUUUUAUCUACCUG